CCCUCUCUCUGUUUAUCUCUCUCCUCCACCAAAGUGCGCUCCCAGUCAAUGGCGCUAUCAGCUCCACUUCUGACGGACACGCUGCUGAGGGUCGCCGCUGUGAGUGAGUUCUUGCAAAAUAAGCAGCUGAAAGUCUCCCCCUCACCCCCCCCACCGUUGAUUAGAAGACUUACGGGCUUCCGGAACCGAGAUGGGAACGCUGCUGCUGCUGAUUUUGCAUUAUUAUAUGCUGUCGAGUUUUGUGUGCGACGCGACCGCUUUCGUGGAAGAGCCCACCGGUGGGAGAUCGGACGGCUACUGCGGACGGAUCCUCCGGGCUCAGACACACGGGACCCGGCGGGAAGGACACCAUGAGUUCCGUCUCAGAGUGGAGGGGGAUCCUGAAACCUACCAGCCUGGCAACACUUACAGAGUGAUCCUCUUGGCAACCAGCCCUGCUUAUUUCAGAGGUUUCACCCUCAUUGCAUUGAAGGAGGGCAGAGAGGGCACCACAGAUGAUGACUACACCGGCCAGUUCCAGAUCAUUGAUGACGAGGAUACACAGUUCAUGACCAACUGUGCCCCUGCUGUGACAGAGAGCACACCUCGCAGACGCACCAGGAUACAAGUCUACUGGACAGCGCCCACGAGUGGGAGUGGUUGUGUCAUACUGAAGGCGAGCAUCGUCCAGAAGAAAAUUAUCUAUUUCCAGGAGGAGGGCUCCCUUACCAUUCGGCUUUGUGAGAAAGCGCGUGUCUUUGGUGAGUCAACACCCGACCCUGCCUUGGUGUGCUGUGCUUGUGGGACAGCCAAGUACAGACUCACCUUCUAUGGCAACUGGUCAGAGAAAGUCCAUCCCAAAGACUAUCCCAGACGGGCCAACCAUUGGUCAGCACUGAUUGGUGCAUCCCACUCCAGAGAUUAUGUGCUGUGGGAGUAUGGCGGCUAUGCCAGCGAGGGGGUCCGUCAGGUAGCUGAGUUUGGCUCCCCCAUCAAAAUGGAAGAAGAGAUUCGACAAAAGGGAGAUGAAGUACUGACUGUCAUUAAAACCAAAGCGCAGUGGCCUGCGUGGCAACCGCUCAACAUGCGUGCCGCUCCAUCUGCAGAGUUUUCCGUGGACCAAACUCGGCACCUGAUGUCCUUCCUCGCCAUGCUGGGGCCUAGUCCUGAUUGGAACGUGGGACUAUCAGGAGAGGACCUUUGUACCAAGGAUUGCGGCUGGGUCCAACGACUGGAGACAGAGCUGAUUCCCUGGGAUGCUGGCACUGACAGUGGUAUCUCGUAUGAAUCACCAAACAAGCCCACCACUCCUCAAGAUAAGAUCCGACCUUUGACUAGUUUGGAUCAUCCUCAGAGCCCCUUCUAUGACCCUGAGGGCGGGGCAAUUACACCUGUGGCCAGACUCGUGGUGGAACGCAUCGCUAGGAAGGGAGAGCAGUGCAAUGUGGUCCCAGACAGCAUUGAUGACAUUGUAGCAGACAUUGGUCAAGAGGAAACGGAGAAAGAUGACACCCCCGAGACGUGUAUUUACUCCGGCUGGUCGCCCUGGUCGGCCUGCAGCAGUGCCUCAUGUGAGAAAGGCAGACGGAUGAGACAGAGGAUGCUUAAGGCACAGCUAGACCUCAGUGUUCCGUGCCCCCACACUCAAGAUUUUCAGUCCUGCAUGGGACCUGGAUGCAGUAUGCAAGAGCCAUCGACAUGCAUGAUGUCAGAGUGGAUAAGCUGGUCUGCCUGCAGCGUGUCCUGUGGGAUGGGAAUGAGGUCCAGGGAGCGUUAUGUCAAACAGUAUCCUGAGGAUGGCUCGCUCUGCCAGCUCAACACAGAAGAGAUCGAGAAGUGUGUCGUCAACGAAGAAUGCUCAGCCAGCAGCUGUGUGGUGACUGAAUGGGGUGAGUGGGAUGCCUGCAGCGUCUCUUGUGGGAUGGGCAUGACAAGACGUGAGCGCAUGGUUAAAAUGCCUCCUAUAGAUGGAUCAAUGUGCAAAACGGAAGUGGCUGAAGUGGACAAAUGCAUGAUGCCAGAAUGCCAUACCAUCCCGUGCAUGUUGUCGCCAUGGUCGGACUGGAGUGAAUGUAGCGUCACGUGUGGACGCGGCCUAAGGACCCGCCAGAGGAUGCUUAAGUCGGAUCCUGUGCAGUGCAAUGAAGAGUUGGAGCAGACCGAGAAGUGCAUGUUGCCCGAGUGCCCCAUCGACUGCAUGGUCUCAGAGUGGUCUGAGUGGUCCGAAUGCAACAAGUCCUGCGGUAAAGGCCACACCAUCCGAACCCGCAUGAUAAAACUGGAGCCGCAGUUCGGAGGCAGCGCUUGUCCCGAGACCAUCCAGAGGAAGAAGUGCAAGAUCAGGAAGUGUCGAUCCAAACCCAAGGAUGAGAGGAGUGAAGGCAAGAGGAGAAGAAGAGGCAAACAGGGAAGGGACGCAGUCUUGGAAGAACAGCCAGGUUGUGGGAUGCAGCCAUGGACCGGCUGGACAGACUGCACCAAAGCAUGCGGAGGAGGCAUCCAGGAGCGUUUCAUGUUGAAGAAGAAAAGAGCUAAAGGCACAGUGUCGGCCAACUGCAAGGACCGGAAGGAAAUACGUGCCUGUAAUGUUAAUCCCUGCUAGAGGGCGCUGUUAAGUUACACAGGCGGUCAAGUAAGAUGUACCUAUGGGUGUAUUUCAUACAAAAGGAUAAGAAAAAUUUUGUUUUCGUGAGCGACGUAUGCUUGGUUAAUAUGACUUAGUGCGACGAAUCAAAGGACCGAAGAGAGACAAAAUAGGUGAGGUUGUGAGAGUUGUUAUUUCUUGUUACUUAAGAGCACUACAUAAUGAGUGAUAGCACUGUAGCUUUCAUCUAUUUUGGUCACUUAAAUAUUGUAGCCCCCAUGAAUGGAGAAGCUAGUGUACGCAAUAUGCACUUGAAAACUACGUAGGUAUCAAAAAGUAGCAACGGCAGUAACAAUUAUAAAUGGAAAAUAUAGUUUUGCAGCUCUCUAAUAAUGAUCCACUUGUUUUGUAUGUAGCGGCGACAGAAAGGAACAUUUAUACUUUUUGUCUCAUGUUUGCCACCUGCAGUAGCCAAUACUAAAUCACCAUGUAAAGUGUUGGAUGUUGUAACCUCUUGUAAGGACAUAUAUUGGCUAAGUAUAUUCAAACAGAGACCGACAACACUUAAAUCCAGAAAAAAAAACAUGAAAUAAAGGUUAUGUGUAAUUUGUAUGUGAUGUAGUGGAAUAAGUAUUCAAUCCCCAAGCAUAGAAGUGACAAAAGUACUCCGGAAGCAGAGAGGCCAGAUGUUUUUUGUAGUUGUUCACCGGGGUUAUCAAAUCUCAGGAGGGUUUUAGUCCAUGAUAGAUAUUGUCUAAACCAGGGGUUUCAAACGUACGGCCCACGAACAGGUUUUAUCUGGCCGAGGGAUGAGUUUGCUAAGUAUAAAAAUUAACCUGAAAAGUUUGAUUGAAAGAAACAGCUGUUCUAAAUGUGUCCACUAGGUGUCGCAAGAGCAAUUCUUUGUAUCUUUGUAGAUGUUGCUACGUAUGUACAAAAUAAACCACAUGAUGUUAGUACAUCAGUUGAGGAAAAUGAUCAAACUACAUAAAUAACAUCCUGUAAAUGUAUUUUGACAUUUUUUUAUCUUGAUAGAUUGAUAAUUAACACCAUUGUGUUGACAAAUGAAGAUUAUUACAUAAUUUAUUCAGAAAAUAUAAAUAACGACGAAUAAAAUAUGUAUACUGUUAACCCCAACAGGUAAUUUACAUUAUGAUUUGUACAUGUGCUUGUUCUAUUUCUAAACAAAGAAAACUAUCUGAAGUCUUUAUUUUUAAAUUAUCAUGCCGAGAUUUUACCAGUCCGGCCCACUUGGGAGUAGAUUUUUCUCCAUGUGGUCCCCCUCAAUCUAAAAUGAGUUUGACACCCCUGGUCUAAACCCUGAAAGGUUCACUUUCACUUGAUAAGCGAUCAAAGUCCAGAGACUUUUUAAUUAUCUUAUUGUUGUGUCACUUUGUCUUGGCCGCAAGUUUUGGUUCAUCUUUACAACGAGUCUUUAGUGUGAGGCUCGAAGCUUCUAAUCCGAGAUUUGACGGAACGCGCCCCUCAAUGCGGUCUCCACUUGCAGGUUUGAUGUGGCGAUGUUGUUCUUGGUAUCACACUCAGCCAUUUGCCGAAUCUUAACCGCCGAUUGCACACUGUGUGUCGUGCCCCACAAUCUGUGGGUAUCUGUGGAAAUGUCAAUUAAUGAAAAAAGAAGCAUAUCAUAUGACAUUUUACUGCGAACAUUUUCUUAGCUUGUUCCUGUCACCUUUAAAAAUAUAACGGCAAAUUUCUACGAAUAUUUUCAUUGUGCCUUGUUAGUUCUGGGCUUUUAUAAAAUGGUAUUUGGAUUAAAUUCCAGACCGAAAUGUCAGGAAGAUAUGCACAUUUGCAAUUUAAAUCUAUGAAAUGUAUUUUGGCCCUGCGAUGAGAUGGCGACUUGUCCAGGGUGUACACCACCUUCCGCCCGAUUGUAGCUGAGAUAGGCGCCAGCGCCCCCCGCGACCCCAAAGGGAAUAAGCGGUAGACAAAUGGAUGGAUGGAAAUGUAUUUUGACCCCAAAAAAUCCCUUGAAUUUGUUUUAGUACAAAUAAUGCAUCAAAUUUAAAAAAAAAACUGUUUUUUUUUUAUUAAUCGUCCAACAAAAUAAUACACAAUAAUACCAUAAUAAUCCAAUACCAAAACCAAACCCAGCAAUUUUCAGAAUAGCAAUCAACAGAACGAUUGAGACACACAAAUAUGACAUAAAACAAUCCAAAAGUAUCCAAACAAAAAUGAUUAAUAUCAACAUAACAACAGUGUCAAUAAUAAGAAGAAUUCCAACAUAGCAGUGAUAAAAAAUCCCUCAUUUACAUUAUCAUCACAGCCAAAAAAUAAAAUAAAACCAUUUAAAAAAACAAACAACGCAUUGACCAAUAUUUUCCACACAUAUAAAAGAAGUCAUAGAGUAUUUUAGGUUAAUUUAAUAGUUAAAAUCAAUUUAAAUAAUAGAUCCCAUAUUCCAAUAUAUGACUCUAUAUUAUCUAAACUAAAUGAAUUAAAUUCAUCCAUCCAUCCAUAUUUUACCGCUUGUCCCGUUCGGGGUCGCGGGGUACACCCUGGACAAGUCGCCACCUCAUCACAGGGCCAACACAGAUAGACAGACAACAUUCACACUCACACACACUAGGGCCAAUUUAGUUUUGCCAAUCAACCUAUCCCCAGGUGCAUGUCUUUAGAGGUGGGAGGAAGCCGAAAUACCCGGAGGGAACCCACGCAGUCACGGGGAGAACAUGCAAAAUUCAAGUCUGAUUACAAAAGUGUAAACAUCGUUACACAUUUUUAAAAGAGUGUGAAAGUAUUUUGUUAUUGAGGGGCCUCAAAAUAAAAUACAAUUAUGCUAAGGGCUCCCCAAGAAAUAUUGGUUUCAUGUGACCAAACCCCAUUCUCUCUAACUUUCUCGAAAUCAGUUUCCUCCAUAUUCAAAUGACGGUGCCAGCAGUGUCAACAAGAUAUCAGAAAGUACGUGACUAAAUUUGUCGGCAGAUUUUCUGCUGCCUGCUUGGGGAUCAGAUACUUGUUUAGUGUCCAUGGUGUCUCUCUCUGUUACAUAGAACAUACAAAUCAUGGCCUAGUCCAGUGGUUCUCAACCUUUUUUCAGUGAUGUACUCCCUGUGAACAUUUUUUAAUUCAAGUACCCCCUAAUCAGAGCAAAACAUUUUUGGUUGGAAAAAAAGAGACAAAGAAGUUAAAUACAGCACUAUGUCAUCAGUUUCUGAUUUAUUAAAUUGUAUAACAGUGCAAAAUAUUGCUCAUUUGUAGUGGUCUUUCUUGAACUAUUUGGAAAAAAUAUAUAAAAAUAACUAAAAACUUGUUGAAAAAUAAACAAGUGAUUCAAUUCUAAAUAAAUAUUUCUACACAUGGAAGUAAUCAUCAACAUAAAGGGCCCUCUUUGGGGAUUGUAAUAGAGAUCCAUCUGGAUUUAUGAACUUAAUUCUAAACAUUUAUUCACAAAAAAAGAAAAUCUUCAACAUCAAUAUUUAUGGAACAUGUCCACAAAAAAUCCAGCUGUCAACACUGAAUAUUGCAUUGUUGAAAUUCUUUUCACAGUUUAUGAACUUAUGUCAUAUUUUGUUGAAGUAUUAUUCAAUAAAUAUUUUUAUAAAGGAUUUUUGAAUUUUUGCUAUUUUUGGAAUAUUUUUAAAAAAAUCUCACGUACCCCUUGGCAUACCUUCAAGUACCCCCAUUUGAGAACCACUGGCCUGGUCAAAUCCGCCGGUGAUCAAAUCAUUCACUGUCAUUUGUCAGAUUACCCAAAAUGUUAAAAAAACAAUGGUCGCCAUCAUUUUAAACUGUGAAGACAACCAUGACAUAUUCUUUAAAGCACAAUAAACAUACCACAUUGUCUUUUUUGUUCUGGAAACCAACCAACAUUUAUGAGUAAUGACUAAAUGGUUCCAUUAGAUUUACAAUAGCUAUGUUUUUAUUGUUAAGUUGUGUCUUUAUAUUUACUUCACUGCUGUUUAUCUGCCAUAUCAAUGGGUGUAGCAUUACAACUGCAAUAUACAAUAUCUGGCUUUAUUUAGCAUGUGCCUGCUCAGUCCUUAAUCAUCCAAAGUCUGCCUCACACACUUUGUCAGUCUGUGCCUCAAAACCAUACACGUUGUGUUCUGAACGCUAACCUGUGGUUUUGACGUCGCUCUGUAUGCUACUUUUCAUUGAGAGUGCAGGACAUUAUUUUGACACUUCUUCCUGUUUUGACAAACAUGACUAUCAAAGCUCUCAUGACUGCUGACCAGUUUUUUUGUUGUUUUUUUUACCGUGCGAUUAAGGGGAUUUGUCAGUUUAAGCUUCAAGCCGUUUUGUAAGAAACCACAUUUGCAAUAAAAAAGUGAAUGUCAAAA